GAACCCAAAAUGAGAAAGCACAAGACACAAGCAGAGGUAUAGUAAGGAGGAACGAUAAAGCUGAGUGACAGUCGGAAACUAAAAAAUUUGUUUGGAAAGACAUUUGAGAGGUUGUUGAAAGUCUACUGAGAACAGUAACAGAAGAGGAUAAGGUACAAAAGAAGGACUGUGAAGGAUUUCAGCUUUUGUACUGGAAGGCCACUGAAGAAAGUAACACAGAAAGGAGGGCGCUCACAUUACGGAUCUUGCUUGUUUUGUAAAACUUUUUUUAUUUUUCUGCAUUUCUCUUGCACCUAGUCCUAUGCUCGAAGCAGCAGUGGAGGCCGUAGCGUAGUGAUUGCAGUUAUGAAGUACAGCUGCCAGAACCUUGUGUCUCAGUACACACGUCCGAGCACAUACACACCAACACACUACACUCCUAGGCAUUACACUCCAAAGCAGGAGUACUCCACGAGCUCCUACUCUACAAGCCACUACAGCUCAGCAAAAUACACACCAACCUACUACACUCCGCCUGCAUACACCCCUGUUUACAAAACCGCUUCUUCCUCCUACACGUCUGUCUACAGCAAGCCCUCACGACAUGUCAGAAAUCACAGUACACCUGCGCCGCAGACUCCCAUUGUAACAAGCAAGCCUAAUCGGACCGUCCGCUUUACCAACGAUGUCAUCUUCCAGGAUUAUGUCCGGCAAGGAGAUCUGGAAAUGAUUGGGCGCUUUAUGAGAGCGAGGAAAGUGCGAGUGGACAAGAUCUUCCAUUCUGGCAUGGCAGCUCUCCAUGAGGCUGUUCUCUCAGGGAACCUGGAGUGCGUGAAGCUUCUGAUUAAAUAUGGAGCUGACGUUCAUCAAAGAGAUGAGGAUGGCUGGACACCUCUGCAUAUGGCCUGCAGUGAUAGCUACCCUGAGAUUGCACGGUAUCUACUUUCUCUAGGUGCAAGUUCAGAAGCUAAGAAUGCAAAUGGGGAGAAGCCAGCAGAUCUUAUUGACCCCGACUGCAAAGAGCUGGUCAAACUGUUUGAAGUAGGCUGUGUGUAAGUGACAGCAUUAGAAACCCAAAAGAACUUCAAGGACUCAAGGCUUUAUAAGAGGAUGUAGCUUCUGUUUAUUAUUAAUGACCACAGAUUGGAACAAGGGCAGAUCAUUUCUUUUGUAAAACUCACUUUUUUCUCUCUUUUUUGUUUUUAUUUGUUGCAACGAGAUUGAGGAAUAGUGUUUGCCAAUCUUCUUUCUAUAUACCGUAUACAGCUUUGUACUACUAUACAUCUUUACUUCAAAACCUUGGUUCUUUUAAUCCCCCCUUCCCCACUAUGCAGUUGCUGCACACAUACUAUCUCCUCUCUGAAGAUCAGAUUACACUGCACCCUGACGGCCAUCCCAGCCGUAUCAUUUCAUCAAUGCAAGUACGUCAUCCAGUUUAUGCCUUAAAUUUAGAGCAGGGCAACUCUUAUAUACAGUCACGCAAGGAAUUGUUGUGUUAUGUUCAUGGAUCUGUGCAUAGUAUCUAAAAUGUAACUAAAAACACAAUUCUAUUUUAAAGUGCCUAACCUGGUUUAUCACACAGUAUAUGUACUGAUGUGUUUAAUCCGUACACUGUUUAGGACAGCAGUGUAUCUCUGGCCUGCUGGGCAGCUUGAGACAACACUGAAAACGUGUACGUUUUUAAUAAUAGGAUUUGUAUAUGAGCGAAAUACUACACUUUCUGUACUGCUUUAAUGAGUGCACUAUUUCUUACAGAAUUUCUCGUGUAAAGUCUUAUGCUUAUCUCUUUUCUACUGUUUCAUAAAUAAAGGUGCUUUUCAUGCUUAA